UGAAAUACUUUACCACCAAAAUCAUAAAAUUGCUCUUUCAUAAAAGGCAAGAAAUUUUUUCUGUUCAGAUGUUGUAAUAUAUAUAUAUAUAUAUAUUUUUCUACCUGUCAAAAGUAUGAAGCCGGAAAAAAGUAGAGAAUCUUGUUGGAGUUUGUAUGGAUUUGAAUGCCUAAGGAUUUCGCAGCUGGUUUCACUAACCUGACAUUUCUCCAAAAUUUUUUCAAUCCUGUAUAUUUUCACUAUCUAGCCCUUGAGCGUUAUUUAUAAAACAUUUAAAAGGAAGACAAGUUUAAUUAUCGGGACUCUUUUUUAAAACGAUUUACUUUUUCCUCGUAUUCUUCAUUUCCACAUAACAAACUGCUUUAAAAAUGAAAUUGUUGACUGUUAAUUUUCUUACCUGCUCAAACAAGAGCUGCAGCAGCACCGCUGAAGCAUUUCCUUUAAAGAUUGAAGAUGCCAAGUUGGCUAUCCAACAAAUGGAGCUGAAACCUGAAUUUUUACGCAAUAUUAUUCCUCGAGUUGAUUGGAAUGCUUUAUUAAUUAGUACAAGACAGUUGGGAAAUAACAGUCUUCCCGAGGAGAAGCCAGAGUUGACGGAGGAAUCAGAUGAAGUUCUAUUAAAAUCACUUCAUAAUGUUUUACUAGAGACUGAAAUUACAGAGGCUAAAAUGACCUGUGGAAACUGUGGUCAUAUAUAUCCUGUUUUCGAAGGAAUACCAAACAUGCUUCUCUCCGAAGAAGAAAUUUAGUACGAUUUGUUACUAGUGAUUUUCAUUGGGACAUCGGAAUAGAAUGGAUUUUAGGGUAUUCUGAGCAUACAGUACAAAGGGUUCCGAAGAAAGGCGGCUCUUUGCUACAAGGAAAAAUAUACGAAGGAUCGCUGCUUGCACAUAUUACUUCGUCAUGAUGUUUCUUUCAAUAACAGAAAUUAUCUCUUUUUAGCAAUGGUACAAUUAGAUCGAACUUUUACAAUAGAAAAAAAAAAAUGCCAGUGAUCAUUUUGGAAGCACCUGCACCUUUCCUUUAUUUCAAAAAUUAUAAAGCCUUUUACUCCA